CUUGGAGUUUUCUGGGAGAGGCCUCUUCAAGGGCGUCCUUGAAGCCCAGUCAUGGAUGUCCCUAUGGUUGCUAAAGGGGAGCUCAGGGUAAUGGAGUAUCCUCAAGAACCUACAGAUAUUACCUCCCACCAGAAUCAUGGUGUCAGCCCUGGCUACAUAUUCCUUCAAUGGGAGGGCUUUAGAAAUGCUAUGCCAGAGCUGCACCCCCGACCAACAAAAUCAGACUUUCCAGGAUGCGGCCAAGGCAUCAAUAUGUGGAAAGCUUUCAGGAAAACUGAGCAAAAUGAAAGCCAAUUCAAAGAAGCAAUUAAGUACAUAAUUGUGCAGAUGAUAUGUGGAAAUGGUAAGAAUGGUGACAAUGGCGGCCGGGCGCGGUGGCUCAAGCCUGUCCUAACAACUUCUUCGUCCCUGGGGGAAAGGCUGACGCUGUAA